CGAGCGCAGGUCGGAUUUCCUCCGAGGCUGCCGAUCGGCGGAGCUCCCACCUUCCCUUAGAGCUCGCUGCAGCCGCCCUGCCCCGCGCCCUCCGGAGACCGGGACCAGACCAUGAUGUGGACACGCUGGCUCGCGCUCGCGCUGGUGGCGGUCGCCUGGGUCCACGCCGAGGAAGAACUAAGAAGCAAAUCCAAGAUCUGUGCCAAUGUGUUUUGUGGAGCUGGCCGGGAAUGUGCAGUCACAGAGAAGGGAGAGCCCACCUGCCUCUGCAUUGAGCAAUGCAAACCUCACAAGAGGCCUGUGUGCGGCAGCAAUGGCAAGACCUACCUCAACCACUGUGAGUUACAUCGAGACGCCUGCCUCACUGGAUCCAAAAUCCAGGUUGAUUAUGAUGGACACUGCAAAGAGAAGAAAUCUGUAAGUCCAUCUGCCAGCCCAGUUGUUUGCUAUCAGUCCAACCGGGAUGAGCUCCGGCGUCGCAUCAUCCAGUGGCUGGAAGCAGAGAUCAUUCCAGAUGGCUGGUUCUCUAAAGGCAGCAACUACAGCGAAAUCCUAGACAAGUACUUUAAGAACGUUGAUAAUGGUGACUCUCGCUUGGACUCCAGUGAGUUACUGAAAUUUGUGGAGCAGAAUGAAACUGCCAUCAACAUCACUACCUAUGCCGACCAGGAGAACAACAAGCUGCUUAGAGGACUCUGUGUUGAUGCUCUCAUUGAACUGUCUGACGAAAAUGCUGACUGGAAACUCAGCUUCCAAGAGUUCCUCAAGUGCCUCAACCCGACCUUCAAUCCUCCAGAGAGGAAGUGUGCCCUGGAGGAUGAGACAUAUGCAGAUGGAGCAGAGACCGAGGUGGACUGUAACCGUUGUGUCUGUGCCUGUGGAAACUGGGUCUGCACAGCCAUGACCUGUGAUGGAAAGAAUCAGAAGGGGGCCCAGGCCCAGACAGAGGAGGAGAUGACCAGAUAUGUCCAGGAGCUCCAGAAGCACCAGGAAACAGCUGAAAAGACCAAAAAAGUGAGCACCAAAGAGAUCUAAAGAGGAGGCAUCUGGGAAGGGCGUCCAGAGCCUGGCACCUUCUUUCACUUCAGCGCUGAGUUCAGUAUAUCCAAGUGUCUGCUACAAUUGCCGAAUCACCAGUAUUUGCUUGUAUAGCAAUGAGUUUUAUUUUGUCUAUUUGUUUUGCAAAAGGAAAUGGGGGUGGCUGGCGAGGAGGGGAAGGGCCAUAGCCUUCAUUUCUAGGAGUGCUUUGAGAGAAACUAUAAAUGGUGCUCAGGGGCUGGAGACAAGUAAGGAAACUGCAUCAGGGUUGGGAGAGGAGCAGAUCUGAACCACGGUUGGCCACGGCUAUAAACGUCCUGCAGGGAGUGCGAAUGAUGCCAGAGAGAACUUUGCAGCUGCCCCAGAGGAGGGGUCUGGCAGAAGCCCAGUGGAGAGGAACACAUUCUGCGUCCAGCCCUUCCUGUCGCCAUCAGCAUAAUAGACGUCCAGCAUCUGUGCUUCUCAUGGUCCCAACCACUGCCUCUAGAUACACAGCCACCCUUCUCGUUACCCAGUGGUCCCUUAGGCUUGGAGUUUCUGGGAGGGUGCACACAAAUGAUGCAGAUACUUGUAUAACUUUGAGCCCCUUAGAGACCUAACCAAAUUUUUAAGAUACUUUUUACCAAAGGUGCUAUUUUUCUGUAAAACUUUUUUUGGCGAGUUGACUUCAUUCUUCAAUUAUUAUCAUUAUAUUAUUGUUGUGUUUUAAUAUUUUAUUUUCUUGACUAGAAACUGAGCUUUUGUAAUUAUUUUUCAGUAGUCCUGCCAUUUCAAAGGAGGGAGAGUUUGGGGUUCUUUUCUGGUGCAGGGACCGCUAUAACCAAGACUCCUCCCCGCCCUGCCACAUACUAGAUGCAGCCCAGAGUUGUGUCCCCCUGGCUUCCAGUGGAUCAGCAGUCUGCCAGCAGGAGCCUCAAACAGAAGCCAGGGAAUACAAAGCAUCUCCAUACAAAGCUUUUUUAAGAUCUAAAAAGCUAAUUUGUUUCCAUUUAUUAUGAUAAGUUCAUGCAAAUCAGUAUUCCAAAGAAUGGAGACAAGUGCAGCCAAGCAAGGCUUAGAUAUCUGUGCUUAGAUGUCAAUAUGUUUGUUGGUUCACCACUAGGAGAGUGAUUUGGCCCUAUCUCUUCCUAUUUCUGGGCCUCAGUCUCCUCAGUGAGCAAGUAGGAAUGCAUUAAUCUCAAUUUGAUAAAUUACAAAUUCUCUGGUUCUGAUCAUUGGUCCAGAAGGAUACAGUUCCUAUGGCUUUCCUUCUCCUUAGGAUAAAUGAAACCUUACUGUUGCAACAAAAGAGUCAGGUGGCCAAAAUCCAGAUGACCAAACCUGACCUCAGUCUGCACGGCUGCACUGGUUGUGCGGUGAUGUAGUACCCUCUCGGGUAAUGUCUGCCUAGGAAGAGAAUGGGAAGGAGAACUACUCCACUUUGUUGAAACUUUUGCAUUCCAUCUUUAACCUUCUUGGAAACAGAAAUAGCUUUCCCUUUCAAGAUGAGGACAAAAGGUGGUUUCACCUUUUAAGAGGGGGGAGGGAAUGGAAAUUGAGUCUUAAAACUGUGAUUGGGGAGAAGACCAUUGUUCCUGUGUUUUGGACUCUGUGAUGAUUAACCCCACUAUUUACCAUGUAUAAGAUGCAUUUGGAAUAACGAAGAUUAAAAACUUGACAAAAGCACUCAUCUUCAGAAAGCAGAUGGGAAAUUAUAUAGAUUGCACUGCAUGGGCAAUACUGAGAACGUUGUGCUGAAUGUGGAAUUGCCUCUAAACAAGUUUCCUUGUUCUCCUUUGAAAGGAGAGCAUUCUGUUUUGUUUAGAAUUCUGACCUUUUAGAUACAUCCCAUUUGAAAGCUCUCUUCGAGCCCUACUUG